AUGGCGCCACGAAGACCGGUUGUCAACGGUAACAUCUCCGGAUCAACUGGAGAUCGGCUCGAUGGACUAUUAUCAAUGCUUAGCGGCCCGACAAAACUCGAUGUAAUCGUUGGGGAUUGGAUGUCCGAGGCGAAUCUGGCCUCUAGAUCCCUUCAGCUCCGAGCUGGCCAAGGCGAAGGCUACGAGCCUGGAUUCUUGCAUUCACUUCGCUUGGCUCAUCAGGAGUAUCUGACCUAUUCCAACCCAUACCUCAAAAUUGUCGUUAAUGCUGGUGGGCUGAAUCCCAGAGCACUGGCGGAGAAAGUACAGUCGUUCUUGUCCUCUCACGGGUCUCGCAAACGCGUGUCGUUUAUCACUGGGGAUGGUCUCCUCUCCGAAAUUGAGUCAUUGCAAAUUGAUCCCUUGACCCGCUCAACGGGAGAUUUUGCAACUUGGCGGAAAAGGUAUCCCGAUAUCAUUCAAGCUAAUGCAUACGUGGGAUGCUGGGCCAUUACCCGAGCACUGGCGCAAGGUUCUGACAUCGUCAUAUGUGGGAGAUGCACGGACGCGAGUCCAAUCAUGGGUGCCGCAGCCUGGUGGCACGAAUGGGGAGUGAAUGACUUCGACCGAUUGGCCAGUGCACUAGCAGCAGGUCAUCUCAUCGAAUGCGGAUGUUAUUCUACCGGCGGCAAUUAUGCGGGCUUCAUGAGCAUGGGAUCCGAUUACUAUGACCUCUCAUAUCCUAUCGCAGCGGUCAAAGAGGAUGGCUCUGCUGUCAUCCAGAAGCAACCAGGACAAAAUGGAGUUGUGAACGUCGACACUCUGCGUGGGCAACUACUUUAUGAGAUCCAAGGUCUCUAUUAUUACAACCCAGAUGUCAUUGCAGACAUUACGCACAUAACAAUUCAACAAGUCGGAAAGGACCAAGUCCUUGUUUCACAUGUUCGAGGACGUGCACCCCCUGAGACGCUGAAAAUUGCUGUAAUGGCAAUCGGGGGCUAUCAGGCCGAGUUUUCUGUUUAUAUAACGGGAAUUCAAGCCCGGGAAAAGGCACAGAGUUUCGAGGGAAUGGCCCGCAAGAUCAUUGACACCUCUAAGCUUGAGGUCCUUGAUUUUCAAUUGUACGGAAUGCCGAAGGAAGACCCCAGGAACCAGGAGGAAGCAACAGUACAAUUGAGGGUUAUCGCCCAAUCGAGUGACCCUCAACGCCUAACAGCUGGGAAGUUCUUGGGGCCAAUCUUGAGCAACCAACUUCAAGGCUAUCCUGGGUUGACAGCGAAUCUUGAUUAUCGAACUGCGGAGCCUAGACUGAUCUGCACAUACUUUCCAGGACUCGUUGACCGUCACAAGGUGCAUCAGCAAAUUCAUUCGUUGGAAGAUCCAAGCCGACCUGUCCCUGUCCCGGACAUAGCGGUGCUUACCCCUAAACAUAUGCUGCCGAAACAGCUCAGUCAUGAAACCGCCUGUCCCAUGCGCCUAGAUGAUUUUGGGCCGACCGAUAGAGUCCCACUAGGAUUGGCCGUCUAUGCACGCAGUGGUGAUAAGGGGUCGAAUGCGAAUGUUGGCUUCUUCUUUCCAGAGAGGACCAAUAUGAAAUUGAAAUUCGACUGGCUACGAAGCUUUCUUACUAUCGAUACAUUUCGAUGGCUUUUAGAUGAAGACGCUGGAAAAGAUACCCACAUCGAGCGAUGCGAGUUUCCUAACAUCCAAGCUGUUCAUUUUGUGUUGCAUGGCCAUCUAGGAGCUGGCGUCAGCAGCUCGAUUAAGAUAGACGCGCUAGGAAAGAACCUCGCAGAGUAUCUCAGAGCUCGAUAUGUAGAUAUGCCCCGAAUCUUCUUGCAAGGGAUCGCUCAUAUGUGA